GAACAAAAUGUUCAGAUGGGGACACUGUGGACGGCAACAGCCAUUUGGGGGCAGUUUGAGCAUCCGGGGACAAGAAUACUAACCUCUGCAUCGGCUGCACCAGCGCUGGACUGCAAGAGAAAGAGAGGAGAUAAGACAUUUACACCGUGUGACUGCUGCAGCGGCUCGGAGCACAGCUGCAACAAGGAGGCUGCUGGUGGGGGGAGGAGAACAAACAUGGCGGCCGGGUAUGCGUGGUUCCUUGUGCUGGGCUCGGUGUUCCUGUGCAACCUCAUGAAAACACUCCUGCCCUCCAUAUCCUCUUUCCUCUCAAAGCUGGUGCAGAAAGAUGCUGAGAUGGAGAGUGAAAUGAGGGCUGAGGUCCAGGAGAUGAAGAAGGAGCAGCUCUCCAUCAGCAUGAUGGAUGAGUUUGCCAGAUAUGCCAGACUGGAGCGCAAAAUCAACAAGAUGACAGACAAGCUGAAAACACACGUGAAAUCAAGAACAGGACAACAGGCCAAGAUGAAAUGGGUUGUGAACAUUGCCUUUUAUAUAUUGCAGGCUGCUCUGAUGGUCUCCCUGAUAUGGAAGUAUUACUCUGAUCCAGUGACCGUGGUUCCCAGUCGAUGGAUUGCCCCUGUGGAGCGACUGGUGGCCUUCCCAACAGGAGUGGCAGGUGGAGUGGGAAUCACAUGCUGGUUGGUGGUUUGCAACAAAGUGGUGACACUGGGUCUUUAUGCUGUCAGCUAGAGAUCAAACU